GACCAUGUAUGUCAGUGUCGCAACCUACUUCGAUUGCACAACAACCCUCCAAAAAAAUUAGAUCACUAUGCAAAAAACACUGUGUCUCGUGUUGUCAUUGAGUAUUUGUUAUUUGGCUGAGUCAGCGCCGCCGAGCCUCGGUUCUUUAGAAUUCGACAAACUCGAUACUGACCUCUCCGAUCUGCGUUAUGAAGUUGAGGAAGAAGAUUUGGAUGAUUUCUCGAAGAUUCUCGAUGAAGCAGACGUUAUAGGAAAGAAAGCAGAAAAGGCUACCAAGGAAGCGAAGACCAGCCUCAAAACAUCCGGCUUUAAAAAGAAGAAUGCGACUAACGUGGGACUGAAAGGCAAAUACGAUAUUGGUGAUUUGAAAAAGUUUUUCAACAUUGCUGGUGUAGACGACAAAGGAGCCUAUGAUGAUGACAAGAUAUAUGCGCUAGCUCAAGCUGGAUUUGGCGAAGCUGUUGGAAUAAAAGGAGACGAACAGAGAAAAUACAGAAAAGGAACGAAAACCAGAGGGUUCCAUAAAGUGCAUCAUAAAGACGAAUAUGAGAAAGAUAAAUUAUUUUACGAAGAUGACGAAACGAAGGGAAGUAUUGACAAAGUUGGCGCGAAAGCUACAGGUGUGAAAUUGGCUGCUGGUGCUGGUUUUAAUAAAGGACAUUUUCAUCACGAUCGUCAGAAAGGAAUCUAUGGGAAACAAGGAUAUUUGGACAAAGGAUUUUUAGAUAAACAGUUUAAUGGAUUUUCAGACGCGCAAGGUUUUGACGGGGAAUUUAAGACAGAUAGUUGAUAAUACAACAUGAAGUGUAGUAAUUCUAAAAGUAGUGUUAUCUUGUCAAUUAAUAUCGUUUAUAUUAUUUAGUUAUUAUUAUUUAUAUGCUACUAGUAUAAAUAAAUUUGUAAUGAGUUGUA